ACACACACACACACACACACACUUCUCUUUUUUCCCAAGAGGUGGCACUGUUGAGUUUUCAAAAUGCCCAUACUUCAACCAAGAACAUCAUUAACUUUGUCAAUUAUUUGAUUUUUAUUAUUAUUAAUCGGAAAUAAAAAAACAAUUAUAAUGCGAAUGUAAGUUUCUUAAUGUUAAACUUGGCACACCAAAUAAUUUAAAGAUAUAAUUUCGCAGAUAUAAUUUAAAGUUAUCAUUCUAACAUGACUGCAUAAUAUUUAAAAUGUAAAAAAAUGCUUUGAAUUAAAAUGAUCUGUAGAAUAUAGGCGAAACGUAUUAUAUAGAAUUGUCAGUGAACUGAAAUAAAUUUAGUGUUACUAAAGCAAUUUGAUUUUACAUUUUGCAAAGGGUAGGACGAAAGAGUUAAAUGUUCGAUACCCAUUCAACUCUUUCCUCCUGCAUUUCCAAAAUGACAGUCAGCUGACGAGAAAAGUUUUGGUUUCCGAACCCAUAUGUUAAGGAGCUCUGAGAUCUAGCGAUCCCAUUGGCUCGUUGGGAACCUGACGUCACGGCAGCUAUAAAACUCAGCAAUGCUUUUAAACUCUACUGUAGUGGGUCGAGUUUAAAAACUCUCUCAGCUCGAUUUGUGUCAGCAGCAUUUAGCGCACGUAUUUCACGUUACACUUACCCGCUUGACCACGAUGAUUUCUGCUCUUGAGGAGUCACCAAAGUGUUAAAUGUUUGAAAUACACGGCCGCCGAAAUCCACAUGUAAAGAGAAGAGAAAGAGAUCCAAUGCAUUUUUGCAAUAGACUUUGCCAAGGAGAGCUCAUAAUCUGGAGUUAGGAGAGCACUGAAAAGUCCUGUGCAGUAUUUGUUUUUCUGCAAAGAGUAAAGCAUUUAAACAUCAUCAAGCUGGCUCACUCUCUUCCGACCCAGCCCGCUUUGACAGCUGCUCUUCACCCGCUCUGGAGGACGGUCAGCAGCAAGAGGAUGGCAUCAGAGCUGGCACUGAGCAGCUCCGACCUGCCCACCAGUCCCCUGGCCAUGGAAUAUGUUAAUGACUUCGAUCUGAUGAAGUUUGAGGUGAAGAAAGAGCCACUGGAGCCCGAUCGCAGCAUCAACCAGUGCAGCCGCCUAAUCGCCGGGGGCUCCCUGUCUUCCACCCCGAUGAGCACGCCCUGCAGCUCAGUUCCCCCUUCGCCAAGCUUCUCGGCGCCCAGCCCUGGCUCCGGGAGCGAGCAGAAGGCGCACCUGGAGGAUUUCUACUGGAUGACCGGUUAUCAGCAGCAGCUCAACCCCGAGGCGUUGGGCUUCAGUCCCGAGGACGCGGUUGAAGCGCUGAUUAACAGCACACAUCAGCUCCAGAGCUUCGACGGCUAUGCAAGGGGGCAGCAGUUUAGUAGCGCAGCCGGACCGGGAGGCGCCAUGGCCGGGGAGGAGAUGGGAUCCGCAGCUGCGGUGGUGUCUGCAGUCAUUGCCGCCGCUGCAGCGCAGAACGGGGCACCUCACCACCAGCACCAUCAUCAUCACCACAGCCACCACCAGCAGCACCAAACUCCCGGGGUCCCGUCCAGCAACAACUCCUCUGCCAUCCACCACCAGCACAGCCACCUGGACGAUCGCUUCUCGGACGAGCAACUCGUUACCAUGUCCGUGCGUGAGCUCAACCGGCAGCUGCGCGGCGUCAGCAAAGAGGAGGUGAUCCGACUCAAACAAAAGAGGAGAACCCUUAAAAACAGAGGCUAUGCCCAGUCGUGUCGCUACAAGAGGGUCCAACAGAGGCACGUACUAGAGGGUGAGAAGACCCAGCUCAUGCAGCAGGUGGACCACCUCAAACAAGAGAUCUCCAGACUGGUGCGUGAGAGAGACGCGUACAAAGAGAAGUACGAGAAGCUGGUGAGCAGCGGCUUUCGAGAAAACUCAUCGAGCAGCGACAACAACCCUUCAUCCCCGGAGUUUUUCAUGUCAUCUAGAAAGUUCCUUCAUCUGUGACCGUGAGCUCUCAAAUCCUGGCCUUGAUGAGUGAGAUAUCACGGUGACAGUUGACGUGAUGACUCCCAGCACAAGGCCUUCCACAAAGCACAAGACCUCAACCUCUCUGAAGACGAAACAACGAGAAUUGAAUCCAUAAUUCCCCCUUUUCCCCUGGCACUGUUCUUUAUAGCUGAAUCCUUUGAUAGAUCCCUUUUCCUUGAAUCGCACCUGCAGCUUCUUUUUCUACAAAUAAACAUAUCAAACGGAAGAAAAAUGGAAAAGUAAAAACAAGACUUAAAUCAGAAGAUGGCUAACCUUGUGGGAAGGAUGUUAUCCUGCUGCUGGAAACACUUUUCUUUUCAGGUGAAAAACAUCAGUGCAUGUUAUUGUUAGUACAUCAGCAGACAUUGCUUCACGGCCACACUCAGCAUCUUUGUAGGUGACUCUCUUCCAACAUUGUAAUUAUUUCAACCAGGUAUAUAUGUUUUUUUUUUUUUUUUUGGAGUUUCAAUAAUGAGAAAUUGUGUUUUCAGCUAGUCUCAAGCAAUAAUUUCAAGUAAAUUACAAAUAGUAAUUAAAGUUAAAACAAAGCAGGACCUGAAUGAAGAUUGCUCUCAGUCAAGCAAAAUCAUUUUAUUUUUGAGAGUAAAGAUUUGCUAUAUACACCAAUAGAUGAUUGGCCAAUAUUACUAAAAUAUACAUGUCCUACCUAUGUCAUAUUACUAUAAACUGUAUAAACCACAGGAAGUUUUGCAAUAAGUGAUUAAAUCUAUAGCACAAAUCUGCAAAAACUCUAAAAUGUGUUUGUUAAAACUAUAAUUAUAAAGAUAUACUUCUGUCAUAAUUUACUCACCCUCAGGUUGUUCUAUAUUUUCUUUCUUUCUUUCUCUCUUUCUUUCUUUCUUUCUUUCUUUCUUUCUUUCUUUCUUUCUUUCUUUCUUUCUUUCUUUCUUUCUUUCUUUCUUUCGCAGAACACAAAAUAUUUAAUAUUGAAUUAAAUAUUAGUCUAUACAGCAUAUACACUAUUCGAAAACUUCUGAAGCCAUUUAAUAUCUUUGUGUAAGGAACAAACCAAAGUGUAAGCUUACUUAAAACACAACGUUUGCCACAACUCUUAUUUUUAUUAUUAUUAUUAUUUUUUUAAUUCUUAUUUGUAUUUCUACAUAUUUAAAAUUGACGCUCCACAUUUGGUUACAAAACAUACUACAGUAGAUUUAGUAUCACUGGCAUUAAAUUUAAAAGAAAAAAAAAAAAGAGCAACAUGAGGGUGAGUAAAUUAAUUUUGGGGAUGUGAUAGAGGCGAAGACAAAAGAUGUAAAAGAAAAGAGACACAUACAGCAUUUAUUUCAACCAUCCAGUUACUUAUAUAACAUAUUACAGAGUGUAUACAAUCUCAACUGGUUCCGUUGAAUUUAUUAUAGCUAUACAUACAGACACCUUACCUUCUGAAUUUUUUUCUUUUCUUUUUUUCUUUCCUUCCUCUUGAAUCAUUUCUCUGCAUGUAAAAAAUAGAGAAGUUUUUACUAUGUGUGGCCCUCCAUGACUCUAUGACUGACCCAUUAACCUACAUUAGUAGGAUAUGGGUGAUUUUGGACCUCUUGGAGGAAAAUCAUUCAAAAAUAAUCUGAAUUCAUUCAUCUCUGGGACAGUGGCUGAUGCCUAAGCUGGUGAAUGGAUGAACAGCCUUGCCUUUCUGAGUUUAAGCACUGCAGCCCACUUUUUUAAUGGAUAAAUUGGAGAAUACACAAGCAUAACAAAAACUUGGCUGGUUCUGCAGACAUGGUGUGUUUGAAGAUGCAUGAAGUGCACGCAAACACAUAGAAAACUUUCCGAAGACCUUCAUCAUCACUAACACCUUCCUUUUUGUGAACUUGCUUAUCUUUCAGAGACCAACCCAGCCAAUGCACUAACAUGAAUCAACACACCACACAAAUUUACACUUCGACUGAACUAAUAAUGCUUUGGCUGGAACCACAGCUUACUAAAGAGAUAGGAGAGUGGAAACAAAGAGUUUAGGUUGUGUACAUAAUGUAAAACUAUUAUCAAUAGUAAUCUGCAUGCUGAUGCAUAGCUGAAAGAGUACUGAAAGAUUGGUCAAAGGCAAAAACUACAUCCUAAAUUAAGAAGUGGUUAAAGUUUUAAAGAACUGUAAAAUUAUAAAUAGUGCCAGUUUUUCAAGUUUCACCUCUUUUUUUUUUCUUUUUUUUCUUUUCCAAGUUUAGAAAGUUUAAUGCAUUCUUCAUUAAAGACUUCAGAUGAAACCAACAAGCAGUCGAAUAAUCAUGCAUAUUAUGUAGCUCCUAGCAGCAAGAAAAUUGUGAAAUGGGGCAGUCCAAUUAAACAGCAGCACACAGAAUGGUGCAGGGCAGCUUGCCAAAAGCCAUCUAUUUUACUGGUGUCAUAAGGGAUUUAUACAUCUCACUGAGUCACUUACUAGUGACAAUUAGUUCGCUUUGAGAGCGAGUGCUCAGACAGUCGCCACACUGGGAAUGAUCAGACUGGAAGUGUUCUAAUUCACAUUUACCUUUGACCUUUAUCUAAAUCACAAUAACAUCUAUGAUCCACACCUGUAUCUUACUAUACUAUACUAUACUAACUGAUCCAGAUGUACAGAUUGCAGUUUAAUACUGCCUUAUUUUUUACCUCUAAAAUCCAUAUUCCUAUGGUGACAUAAUUAAUUUAGAAAGAUCACACAUCUCUCUUGUUUGCUCAACAUUACAUAUCAACUUACCAACAAUAUGAAUAUGCAUUUUUACAAAGUAAUUUAUACAGAUUUAUAUUUUUAUUUUUAUAUGAAUUUUAUUUUAUUAUGUUUUAUGUUUAUCUAUAUUAGCUUAAUGACCUGUCACUCCAUGGCAUCUUAAAUAAUACGUUUAAGGAGUGCCCUUAAUUGAAUAAUAUAUUUUACCAGGCUUUCUGGUAAAAUCCAAGCAGACCAUAAAUUAAAUGGGGGGAGAAAAAAAAAAGCCUGCACAUUUUUUUUUUUUUUUUUUUUUUUUUUUGUUAUUACUGUUAUUUAGUAUUGGUUUCUUAAAGGUUGCUGUCGAAAUAUGCUGCUCUGAGCUGUAGCUAAACAUUACAUAGACAGACUACAUAAUGGUAUUAUUCACUGUGCAAACAAUAGGCUGUUAGUGUAAUUAAAGGUCAAGAAAUAUUACUCAUAUACCCCGAGCUGAAGUAGAUUAAAAUGAUGGAUAUCCUGAUGGUAGGGAUGGAAUUCUAGGUGUGUUGUCCCAUUUCAGAUUUACCUCCCCCAUUCUCCAUGCUAUCUCUAUCACUGCACGAGCCCAGAUCACCCCUUUGUACACUCAUACACAAACAUGCACGGCCCUUCCAUUUAAUCAAGUGCUGGGCCACUCCUCUCUCCUUCACAGACAUGCAAGCUGUCAGGACAGAGCAGCUCAUUAAUCUCCAGCCAGGAAGGCAAGAGAGAGUGGGGGAAAUGGGCAGAAAAGUAAUUUGUUUGUAUUUAGAAAAAAAAGGGGGUCAAGAUAACAAGGGCUUUCCCAUUGGUAUGACAUAAAAUAAACUGUAAGAAAAAGAACACAAUUUUAUUUAUUUUUUGUUUGUUUGUUUGUUUAUUGUUUUUUUCUUGGACACACACACAAAAAAAGAGCACAAGAAAUGUUUUGUUUUUUCAUGUCAUGACCAGGCAUGGAAUCUGUUGUUGUGGAAUUCCAUAGAAAGCCCUGCAGAUUUCCCCUGAAUUUUGAAAAAAAAAAAAAAAAAAAAAAAAAAAAUCUACACAUUCCACUGUCUUUAUGUGUUCAUUUGUUAAUGUUUUGUGUAAUUUAGAUAAAAGCUUUUAAGGCUUUAAUCAUAAUAAGCUGUGUCAUACAGGUCAUUAGCAGUGAUAGCAUGAAUUGUGUUAUUAUAGGUAGAUGCGGAUGAGCUAUUACAGAGUUGAUCCUUAGCAGGUGAAAUAGCAAACUGUGAAACACAUACAGCAUGACUUUGAGGAAUGUAAGCUGGUAAAAUUAGCCAUUGUGUCCUAUUGCGUGGAUUAGUCUCCACCAGACUUCUGGAUUCUAGAAUUAAUGCAAGGUGGAAAAUAGCUAUUGUGUCAUAUUGCUGUGGAGAUUUGCACCCUCAUCACUUGACCAGUUUGAAAUCAGCUAGCUAGAUAAUUUUCAUGCUUUUAAAUGCUUAAAAAGUAAAUGCUUUACUGUUCAUUGGACUUACUGGUGGGGCUAACUAAGACUUAUUUAAUGAAUUUUAAGUUACCAUACAAUAUUGUACAAAAUUGUGUAGUAUUUUGGAUUAAUAUGACAUCUUAAAACUGUGGUUAUCUUCUUAUUCUGUUCAAGUGUGACCCAUAGGGUGAUUAACGGAUAUCAUCUGUAUUAUUGUUAGAGAUAAGUUCCAGACUGCAUGAAUGUGAUCUGAUGUGUUUAAAAUUAUCUUUAAAUCGCAGAGACAUAUACAUGCUCAUGCUAUGUUUGUCUGAGAAGUGGAUUUGGUGGGAUAAGUCUUUAUAUCUUGUAGUUAUAUCUUUGAGUUAGAACUGUAAAGAUUAGGGGUUGCUCUGAAGCAGACAUGGUUUAAGUGUGGGUUCAGGAGGUCAAAUGGAUUACUCACGCAGACCGCUCUUUAAUUCCAACCCCUCCAUGGCGCCAGAUCCUUCUCAAUCUCCUCUCUAAAUCAACACACCCAAAACGUCCAUUCAUGCAAGCAGUCAUCUCCACACAUCACUCAAUUGGCAUGAACGACUUGUGCUUCAUUCCUUCAUUUUAUGGUACAAAUUUGAUGCAUAUGGUAAUGUGUAUUAAAAAUGAACAAGAACUACAACAACAACAAAUAAUAAUUAAUAAAUAAAUACACAGGAGGAGAGGGACAGUGAUGUAGAACUUUGUGAACAGGGUUCCUGAUAAGGAGGGACAACUGUAACUUUUGUCCCAAGAUGAUGAAUUGCACCAGGCCCAAAAAUUGCUAAUUGUUGCCCUUUUUGUGAAUAAGUAUUUUGAUUUUACUGAAAUCUGCAGAGCUUUCUGUAGGAGCAAGUUACACCUUCAAUAAAACCACCUGUUUUUUGACUUCUGACAUAUCACAGGAUGCCACAACCCAGUAGCCCAAAAAACGGGGCAAUCAAGUUUUGUGUCUGUUAACCCCACAAAUUUGGGAUCAUCUCUUCAGAAGCUUUAAGCUUUAAGAGGUUGAGGAUUAGUCCAACUGCCCAGAAAUCAACUAAUUUCUCAGGCUCUAAUUUAGGUCAUCCUUUCUAUACCUGUCCCCAAAAUGUAUUUAAAACAUUUUUCUAGGAAGAAUAAUGGGAUGAUUCUGAAAGGAGGGGGUUCUUGAAAAUAUCAAGAUCCUGUAAAGUAAACUGAUGGGAGUAAUAAAUUGUCUGGAGACUGGAGACAGGUGGAUUUCAGCUUGUGCCAUUUCAGUAAGCAGUCUGACACCUUAAUUUAGUCAAUGUGCACCAGUGCACAUCGACUUCAUUGAGAGAUGAGCCAUUUUCUUUGGCAUAAAGAGGAGGAUGUCUUAUGCUAUAAAGCCACUCAGCACAACACUUCUUCAUGCUAAAGGAAAAGGCACAAAAUAAAAUGUUUACAGUUCAUUUUUUCCUAAUAACUUAGACCACACCAGAUCAGCUUGUUUCCUUGAAAUUUGCAUGUUUGUGCAUUAUCUUCUUCUGGUUGACCAUGAAGAAAGCAUGUGGUCUCCAAAUGUGAACCUUGGCUUUCUGAAUCAUGAAAAAAGGUCACAGGUGAAAGUGUAAAGCACACUUUAGCAGAGUGCCUAGUUGAGUGGCCAGUGAAUCAUUUUGAAUACAAGUUGUUAGUCAUUUGCUAGGCUUUCUUUUUCUUAAAUAAAUAAAUAAAUAAAUAAAUAAAUAAAUAAAUAAAUAAAUAAAUAAAUAAAUAAAUAACAGGAAUUAAGGGUUCAAAUAAAAAUCGAGGUCAAACUAUAAUUUUCAUUUUUUAAGUACUGUCGCUUGGGCACAAUUAAAAAUUAUUGCUCCUGUUGUAAAGCUGUCUCUCCAGGGGCUCGCUCUUUCAGCCAAGGUUAAUUAGUGCUUCCCCAUUAUUCCAAUGUUAGUGUUAAAAGUGUAUAUUACACAGAGGUCUGUAGCCUGGCUUUGAUGAGGUAUAGAUAGGUGUAGGUCAUAUCCUGAGGGUAAUGUAUGCUGGGAAAUAGCCAUUGUGUCAUAUUGGUUCAGAGCACCUAGAUAGGCGGAUGGAGAAAUCCCACCACUGCUUGACUGGAGUGACCCCUGCCACAAGUUUUAUAGGAUAUCAUAUAAACAUGCCCCUUGACAAACAUACAUCUUUAGAUUCUCCCAUGGAGACUGAUAAAUUAUUGUACAUCUGGUGAGGAAAGAUAGGGAAAUGUAAAGAAAAAAAAAAAAGGUUGGGGUGAAUUAUUUGCAUGUUCAUCAUAAAACCUAUCAAUAAUAAAAAAAAGCAAAACAUUGGCUUUGCUUUUUGCAAUAAUUAAACCCCUUGUGGAAUUUGCCAUUGACUAAUGUUACAGCAGUAUCUCACGGGUUGAUUAAUCAGUGUCUUCCAUGUACAAAUGUGCUGCACUCUAAUGCAAUCUUCUUCAAGACUAUUUGUUAUUCUCUGGGACAUGUGGUCUACUGUAUCUCUAUGACUUCUUACUUUUUCCUAUUUUUGGACACAGCCAUAUUGUCCUUUUUGAGUAUACUUUAGAUGCUAAUACUAGUUAGAGCAAUACCUUACAAUUCAGGAUCUGGCAGAUGUUAUGACAGAUCACAGUAAGAACGCCCUUGUCUAUAUGUCUUCCAUGAUGGAUAGAGAUGAUGCGGGUGUUGUUUAAGUUAAAGUGUUCCAGAAAGGGAGGCAGAGUCCUCUAUCAGUGCUCUUAGGUGUUUGGCUUUUAGUUUGAAGGUUUCAUUCACUCUCUUUAACAUGCAUGUCUUGUAUGUCCUUUGAACUGCAUCAAGCAAUCUUUCCAACUUCGCGACAAAGAAUGAAAGCCAAACAAAAGCAAAACAAGCAGGAAAAAGGGAAAAGCUCUCUUUCAUGCAGGUAACUGUAAAUAAUUGUAUGAAUAUGACCCAACUAUGCAUGUUGAUACAUUAGCAAUUUGUUCAGGUACUUUUUCGUAAUUGAUUCAAAAUUCUAAGAUGGCAUGUACGGGGGAAAAAAAUACAUUUAAAGCAGCAUUGAAAUUACAAUGUAGGAGAGGGGAGGUUUGGUAAAUCAUAACUUUUUUUACAUCAUGAUUUAUUUAUUUUUUAAUGUAUUGUUAAAUGAUCAGGUGAGUGUUUCAUCUGUUUAAAUUACCUGGUUCAUCAACAUUCUGUCUUAUGAGAUAAAAUGAGGUUGAGGCAAAGCAAAUUUCAAGCCUGUUUUAUUAUUAUUAUUAUUAUUAUUAUUAUUAUUAUUAUUAUUCUGCUGGUCAUGGGAAUGUUGGAGGUCUGCAAGGAGCCAGUACAGUCAUAACAACAUAACAACAUUACACGUGUGUAUAUAUAUAUAUAUAUAUAUAUAUAUAUAUAUAUAUAUAUAUAUAUAUAUAUGGUCAUGUUUUGGCAAUGGGUUGUAGAACAUUAUACUUGUAUAUCAUUAAAAGGAUAAGACUUACCUUUUUAAUUUAGCGUAUAAGCAAUUUUCAAAGUCAGACUCAAAAUGAUGGAGAAAGUCGCAUUUAAACAAUGCUAUCGUUAUUGUGGUAAUGAUUACGGCGGGCAACAUAUAUGCUGAUUGUUGUAUAUGUAUAAGCUCCAACCCAUUUUUUUUUUCUUUUUCAGGAGAAAUAAGAAUAUGAGAAUUUGUCCCAAUAGAUGCACCUUAAAUGUUUUGAUAGUGUUAUCUUUAUGAAAAAGUCUUCAGAUGGGCUUGAGAAUAUGCAUUGCCUCAACCAUAACCACCAUAUAUUGUACUUCUUAAUAUUCUUCUUCUUAUUAUAUUUUUGUUAUUUCAUUUUAGUUAUUUAUUUUAAAUGGGAGAUGGGUUGGUUGUGAUGAUGACAAAUAGAAAUGGAAAGUUUUUAAAAUGUGCCACAAAAAAAUAAGUUUAAUAAAUAAUUAUUGUAACAA